AUGUCACCAAGCAGGGUAUCCCUCCACUCGAAGCUCUCUGGUCCGGUCCCUGAGACUAUCCAAGUCGGCCCUGUCAUUGGAAACCCUCGGAAGCUCGUCAGGUGUCAUCCACAGGCUGAGUACUGUGCAAGGUGGGAGCGUGGCAAGUCCGUACUUUCUCAGAAGGCACACGAGCUCUCGCCAGAAGUGCAAGUCCAUCCUUUAGCACCACAGCGGCGAUGCGAGAGGUUUGCCUAUGACCUCGCUGGCAUACGUGACGCAGGCCGCGACGAUCUGGUGUUGACCGAUGGCGUAAUUAACGUUGUCUUCGUGCUUAACCCUGUUUCCGACGACUUCGACUUGCUAAUCAAUGCGGCCCAUGAUCUCUAUCGAUCCAUCGGGGAAGUGUCUCCUGUCCAGUAUAGCUUGCCGUAG